AUGGGUGUUGGCCGCAGGAGGCUGGCCCCGCUCUGGGCCCUGGCCCUCACUCUGGCCUGCGCCCAGCACACAGGCCUGGCCCAGAACAGCACUGCAGAGCUCAGCUUCAAGCACCCAGACCGCCCUCCUGCCCCUCAGGGGCCUGGUGGCACCGCCCUCCGUGGAGUGACCGUCCACCCGCCUCUGAGGACCACCCCUGUGGUGCGAGCCCUAAACGCGGCCCACGGUGGGCGAGUGUGCAGCACGUGGGGCGACUUCCACUAUAAGACCUUUGAUGGCGACGUCUUCCGCUUCCCCGGGCUGUGCAACUAUGUCUUCUCCGCGCACUGCGGCUCCGCCUACGAGGACUUCAACCUGCAGCUCCGCCGCAGCCCCGGGCCCAACAGCACCGUGCCCAGCAUGGUCACCAUGAAGCUGGACGGCCUGGUUGUCAGGCUGGCCAAGGGCUCCGUCCUGGUCAACAGCCGCCCAAUUCAGCUGCCCUUCAGCCAGUCCGGGGUCCUCAUUGAGCAGAGCAACGGCAACCUGAGGGUGGUGGCCAAGCUGGGCCUGGUCUUCAUGUGGAACCAGGACGACAGCCUCCUGCUCGAGCUGGACGCCAAGUACGCCAACCAGACCUGUGGGCUGUGCGGAGACUUCAAUGGCGUCCCCGUCUACAACGAGUUCUCCUCACACCAUGUCAAGCUGACCCCCACCGAGUUUGGGAACCUGCAGAAGAUGGACGGCCCCACGGAGCAGUGUCAGGACCCUGUCCCUGAGGAUGCUGGGACCUGCUCGAACAACUCUGGCAUCUGUGACGAGAUGUUGAGCAGCGAGCCGUUCUUGGGCUGUGCCCUCCUGGUGAAUGCCAGCAGCUAUCUGGAGGCCUGCCGGCAUGACCUCUGCCACUGCAGCCAGGCCAACCUCACCAGCUGCCUCUGCCACACCCUUGCCGAGUACUCCCGCCAGUGUGCCCACGCCGGGGGGCUGCCCCUGGACUGGCGGGGCCCCCAGCUCUGCCCCCAGACGUGCCCCCUGAACAUGCGGUACCGUGAAUGCGGCUCGCCCUGCGUGGACACCUGCUCCAACCCCGAGCACUCCCAGCUGUGCGAGGACCACUGCGUUGCCGGCUGCUUCUGCCCCGAGGGGAUGGUUCUGGAUGACAUCGGCCACACGGGCUGCAUCCCCGUGUCUGGGUGCUCCUGCAUGUACAGUGGGGCCACCUACGCUCCAGGGACCGGCUACUCCACAGACUGCACCAACUGCACCUGCUCCGGAGGCCGGUGGACCUGCCGGGAGGCGCCGUGUCCAGGGACCUGCUCGGUGCUGGGCGGCGCCCACAUCUCCACGUUCGACGAAAAGCAGUACACGAUGCACGGGGACUGCAGCUACGUGCUGGCCAAGCCUUGUGACAGCGGCGCCUUCACCGUGCUGGCCGAGCUGCGCAGGUGCGGGCUGACUGACAGUGAGAGCUGCCUGAAGAGCCUGACGCUGAGCCUGGGCGGGGGGCACACGGUCUUCAUGAUCAAGGCUAGCGGGGAGGUGUUUAUGAACCAGGUCUACAUCCAGCUGCCCGUCUCAGCAGCCAACGUCACGCUCUUCAGACCUUCCACCUUCUUCAUCAUUGCCCAGACUCAGCUGGGCCUGCAGCUGGACAUCCAGCUGGUGCCCAUCAUGCAGGUGUUCAUGCGGCUGGAGCCGCAGAUCCGAGGGCAGACCUGCGGCCUGUGUGGGAACUUCAACCAGAACCAGGCCGAUGACUUCCGGACCAUCAGCGGCGUGGUGGAGGGCUCAGCCGCUGCUUUCGCCAACACCUGGAAGACCCAGGCUGCCUGCCCCAACAUCAAGAACAGCCUUGAGGACCCCUGCUCCCUCAGCGUGGAGAACGAGAAGUUCGCUCAGCACUGGUGCUCCCGGCUGACAGACCCCCAGGGCCCAUUCGCCCAGUGCCACUCCACUGUGGACCCCAGCGCCUACUACUCGAACUGCAUGUUUGACACCUGUAACUGUGAGAAGAGUGAGGACUGCAUGUGCGCGGCCCUGUCCUCCUACGUCCGGGCCUGUGCCUCCCGGGGCAUCCUGCUCAGCGGCUGGCGGGACAGCGUGUGCACAAAGGCCAUGGCGACCUGCCCCAAGUCUCUCACCUACCGCUACAACAUCAGCACAUGCCCGCCCACCUGCCGGGCCCGGAGUGACGAGGACAUAACCUGUGGCGUCGGCUUCGUCCCCGUGGACGGCUGCACCUGCCCCGAAGACACCUUCCUGGACAACACAGGCGCGUGCGUGCCAGCCGCCAGCUGCCCCUGCUACUUCCAGGGCUCCGUGGUCCCCAAUGGGGAGUCGCGGCAUGAGCAGGGCACUGUCUGCUCCUGCACCCAGGGCGCACUCACCUGCAUCGGAGGCCACACCCCAGAUCAAGUCUGUGUCCCGCCCAUGGUCUACUUCGACUGUCGCAACGCCAUGCCUGGGGCCAGCGGGGCCGGCUGUCAGAAGAGCUGCCAAACCCUGGACAUGGACUGUUACAGCUCCAAGUGUGAGCCCGGCUGUGUGUGUCCUGAUGGGCUGGUGGCCAGCGGCAACGGCAGCUGCAUCCCCGUGUCCGACUGCCCCUGUGUGCACAACGAGGCCAGCUACCAGCCAGGCCAGACCAUCCGCAUGGGCUGCAACACCUGCACCUGUCGCAGCCGGACGUGGCAGUGCACCGACCAGCCCUGCCUGGCUACCUGCGCGGUGUACGGGGACGGCCACUACCUCACCUUCGACGGGCGGGACUACAGCUUCAGCGGGGACUGCGAGUACACGCUGCUCCAGGACCACUGCGGCGGGAACGGCAGCGCCCAGGACAGCUUCCGCGUCGUCACCGAGAACGUGCCCUGCGGCACCACAGGGACCACCUGCUCCAAGGCCAUCAAGAUCUUCCUGGGGAGCUACGAGCUGAAGCUGAGCGACAGGAAACUGGAGGUGACCGAGACGGGCCCGCGGCCGCCCUACUCCAUCCGCCAGAUGGGCAUCUACCUGGUGGUCGACACGGGAGUGGGCCUUGUGCUGCUGUGGGACAAGGGUACCAGCAUCUUCCUCAGACUCAGCCCCGACUUCAAGGGGAGGGUCUGCGGGCUGUGCGGGAACUUUGACGACAAUGCCCUCAACGACUUCACCACACGGAGCCAGUCCGUGGUGGGUGACGUGCUGGAGUUUGGCAACAGCUGGAAAUUCUCCCCAUCGUGCCCGGACGCUCUGGCCCCCGGAGACCCCUGCACCACCAACCCGCACCGCAAGUCCUGGGCCCAGAAGCAGUGCAGCAUUAUCAACAGCCCCACCUUCAGUGCCUGCCAUGCCCACGUGGAGCCAUCCAGGUACUACAAGGCCUGCGUGAGCGAUGCUUGUGCCUGCAACUCGGGGGGUGACUGUGAGUGCUUCUGCACAGCCGUGGCCGCCUAUGCCCAGGCCUGCCACGAUGCAGGCGUGUGCGUGUCCUGGCGGACCCCGGACAUCUGCCCUCUGUUCUGCGACUACUACAACCCCCAGGGCCAGUGCGAAUGGCACUACCUCUCCUGCGGGGCGCCCUGUCUGAAGACCUGCCGGAACCCCAGUGGCCAGUGCUGGCACGACACCCACAGCUUGGAAGGCUGCUACCCCAAGUGCCCACCAGAAGCCCCCAUCUUCGACGAGGACCAGAUGCAAUGUGUGGCUUCAUGCCCGACCCCAUCCCCACCACCAACCUGCCAUGCUGGAGGCCAGUCCUUCUGGCCAGGCUCCAAGGUGCCCUCGGACAGGAACUGCUACUCCUGCAUCUGCACUGAGGGCGGCGUGCAGUGUGCCUAUGCCGCGAACGCUUGCGUCUGCACCUAUGGCGGGAAGCAGUUCCAUCCCGGGGACGAAAUCUACCUAACAACGGACGGCUUGGGGAGCUGCAUCUUGGCCCGCUGUGGGGCCAACGGCACCAUCGAGAGACUGGUCUACCCCUGCAGCCCCACCACGCCCACCGCCCAGACCAUCUUCUCCUUCUCGACCUCCCUGCCGGCUCCAACGUCCCCAGAGUGGCCCCCAACUGAGCCCACCAUGGUCACCACGGUCACUUGUUUACAAGUUUUAUGCAACUGGACUGAGUGGAUGGACGGCAGCUACCCUGGGCCGGGGAGAAACAGUGGAGAUUUUGACACUAUUCCGAAUCUCAGAGCCGAAGGUUAUAAAUUCUGUGCAGAGCCCAAGAAUGUGCAGUGCCGGGCAGAGCGCUUCCCUGACACCCCACUGCAGGAGCUGGGCCAGGACGUGAUCUGUAACAAAUCCGUGGGCCUGAUUUGCCGGAACGAGGACCAGCUGCCCCCCAUCUGCUACAACUACAACAUCCGCUUCCUGUGCUGUGAGCUGGUGGACACUUGCAGGACACACACCACUUCGCCUGCUACACCUGCCACCACACAGACAGCCCCAACUGAAGCCAGCACUACCUGGACCACGGGAACCCUCUCCACUUCCACCAAACUCAGCACUGCUAGCUCACGUCACGUGACCACAGCAAGACCAGUGACAACCAGCACACAUGAGCAAUCCUCUCCAGGGACCACACCAUGCAAGCCAAAGUGCAGGUGGACCAAGUGGUUCGACGUGGACUUCCCCAUGCCCGGGCCCCACGGGGGAGACAAUGAAACCUUCGGCAACAUCCUGAGGAAUGGAAACCUCAUCUGCCACCGACCCGAAUCCAUCAGCAAAGUGGAGUGCCGAGCCGAGAGCCACCCCGGGGUCAGCAUCCAUGAGCUGGGCCAGGUGGUGCAGUGCCGCCAGGACGUGGGCCUGCUGUGUCGGAACGAGGACCAGAAGGGUGAGACCAGCACGUGCCUCAACUACCAGAUCAGAGUGCUGUGCUGCGAGCCCCAGGAACACUGCCCUCCACCCACUGUCACAGGAGCCAGCACCACCAGUCCAAAGAGCACAGCCUCGGCUCCUACAACCAGUGCAACCUCCAUGCACACAGGCAGCACAAAAUCAGCUCUUACAAGUGCAAGCUCUGUGCAGACAAGGAGCACAACCUCGGCUCCUAAAACGAGCUCAACCUCUGUGCACACAGGCAGCACAACCUCGGCUCCUACAACCAGUGCAACCUCUGUGCAGACAAGCGGCACAACCUCGGCUCCUACAACCAGUGCAACCUCUGUUCCUACAUCCGAGACUAUCUCGUCCCCACCGGGGACCACACCAUGCAAGCCAAAGUGCAGGUGGACCAAGUGGUUCGAUGUGGACUUCCCCAUGCCCGGGCCCCACGGGGGAGACAAUGAAACCUUCGGCAACAUCCUAAGGAAUGGAGAGCUCAUCUGCCACCGACCCGAAUCCAUCAGCAAAGUGGGGUGCCGAGCCGAGAGCCACCCCGGGGUCAGCAUCCACGAGCUGGGCCAGGUGGUGCAGUGCCGCCAGGACGUGGGCCUGCUGUGUCGGAACGAGGACCAGAAGGGUGAGACCAGCACGUGUCUCAACUACCAGAUCAGAGUGCUGUGCUGCGAGCCCCAGGAACACUGCCCUCCACCCACUGUCACAGGAGCCAGCACCACCAGUACAAGCGGCACAACCUCGGCUCCUACAACCAGUGCAACCUCUGUUCCUACAUCCGAGACUAUCUCGUCCCCACCGGGGACCACACCAUGCAAGCCAAAGUGCAGGUGGACCAAGUGGUUCGAUGUGGACUUCCCCAUGCCCGGGCCCCACGGGGGAGACAAUGAAACCUUCGGCAACAUCCUAAGGAAUGGAGAGCUCAUCUGCCACCGACCCGAAUCCAUCAGCAAAGUGGGGUGCCGAGCCGAGAGCCACCCCGGGGUCAGCAUCCACGAGCUGGGCCAGGUGGUGCAGUGCCGCCAGGACGUGGGCCUGCUGUGUCGGAACGAGGACCAGAAGGGUGAGACCAGCACGUGUCUCAACUACCAGAUCAGAGUGCUGUGCUGCGAGCCCCAGGAACACUGCCCUCCACCCACUGUCACAGGAGCCAGCACCACCAGUGUGAGCGUCAGUGUGCACUCAGUGACCACUGUCCACCAGGCCACAUCCAGUGCAACCUCUGUGCAGACAAGCAGCACAACCUCGGCUCCUACAAGUGCAACCUCUGUGCAGACAAGCAGCACAACCUCGGCUCCUACAACCAGUGCAACCUCUGUGCAGACAAGCGGCACAACCUCGGCUCCUACAACCAGUGCAACCUCUGUGCAGACAAGCGGCACAAUCUCGGCUCCUACAACCAGCAGCACAACCUCGGCUCCUACAACCAGUGCAACCUCUGUGCAGACAAGCGGCACAACCUCGGCUCCUACAACCAGUGCAACCUCUGUUCCUACAUCCGAGACUAUCUCGUCCCCACCGGGGACCACACCAUGCAAGCCAAAGUGCAGGUGGACCAAGUGGUUCGAUGUGGACUUCCCCAUGCCCGGGCCCCACGGGGGAGACAAUGAAACCUUCGGCAACAUCCUGAGGAAUGGAAACCUCAUCUGCCACCGACCCGAAUCCAUCAGCAAAGUGGGGUGCCGAGCCGAGAGCCACCCCGGGGUCAGCAUCCACGAGCUGGGCCAGGUGGUGCAGUGCCGCCAGGACGUGGGCCUGCUGUGUCGGAACGAGGACCAGAAGGGUGAGACCAGCACGUGCCUCAACUACCAGAUCAGAGUGCUGUGCUGCGAGCCCCAGGAACACUGCCCUCCACCCACUGUCACAGGAGCCAGCACCACCAGUGUGAGCGUCAGUGUGCACUCAGCGACCACCAGCACCACCAGCAGCACAACCUCGGCUCCUACAACCAGUGCAACCUCUGUGCAGACAAGCGGCACAACCUCGGCUCCUACAACCAGUGCAACCUCUGUUCCUACAUCCGAGACUAUCUCGUCCCCACCGGGGACCACACCAUGCAAGCCAAAGUGCAGGUGGACCAAGUGGUUCGAUGUGGACUUCCCCAUGCCCGGGCCCCACGGGGGAGACAAUGAAACCUUCGGCAACAUCCUAAGGAAUGGAGAGCUCAUCUGCCACCGACCCGAAUCCAUCAGCAAAGUGGGGUGCCGAGCCGAGAGCCACCCCGGGGUCAGCAUCCACGAGCUGGGCCAGGUGGUGCAGUGCCGCCAGGACGUGGGCCUGCUGUGUCGGAACGAGGACCAGAAGGGUGAGACCAGCACGUGUCUCAACUACCAGAUCAGAGUGCUGUGCUGCGAGCCCCAGGAACACUGCCCUCCACCCACUGUCACAGGAGCCAGCACCACCAGUACAAGCGGCACCACCUCGGCUGCUACAACCAGUGCAACCUCUCUUUCUACAUCUGCGACUACCCCCUCCUCACCUGGGACCACAGCGUGCUACUGCAACGCGUCUGGCACGUUGUAUCGCGCAGGAUCCAUCAUCUAUGAAGUGACCGACCUAUCGGGCCACUGCUAUUAUGCCUUUUGCAGCCUGGACUGCCACGUGGUCAAGCAGAUGGCCCCCUCCUGUCCCACCAGCAUGCCACCUCCCACUCCGACCACCUCCCCACCAGAGUCCUCCCCUUCUACCCCUGUGUCGGUCCCUCCACAAGGGUGCCCAAAUGCAGUUCCCCCAAGAAUGACAGGUGAAACCUGGCCCAUGCCCAACUGCUCCGAGGCCACCUGCCAGGGCAACGGGGUCAUCACGGUGAGCCCGCGCCACUGUCCGAAGGUGCAGAAGCCCACCUGUGCCAAUGGCUACCCCGCCGUGCAGGUGGCUGACCAUGACAGCUGCUGCUCACACUACCAGUGCCCGUGCGUGUGCAGCGGCUGGGGGGACCCACACUACAUCACGUUCGACGGCACCUACUACACGUUCCUGGACAACUGCACGUACGUGCUAGUGCAGCAGAUCGUGCCGGUGUACGGCCACUUCCGCGUGCUGGUCGAGAACUAUUUCUGCGACGCGAAGGAUGGGCUGUCCUGCCCACAGUCCAUCAUCGUUGAGUACCAGGAGAACCGCGUCAUGCUGACCCACAAGGCCGUCCGCGGGGUGAUGACCAACGAGAUCAUUUUUAACGGCAAGGUGGUCAGGCCCGGCUUCCAGAAAGACGGCAUUGCCGUCUCCCAAGUUGGCAUCAAGAUGUAUGUGAGCAUUCCUGAGCUCGGCGUCUGGGUCAUGUUCAGCGGCCUCAUCUUCUCCGUGGAAGUGCCCUUCAGCAAGUUCGCCAACAACACGGAAGGGCAGUGUGGCACCUGCACCAAUGACCAGAAGGAUGAUUGCCGCCUGCCUGGGGGCGCGGUGGUGGCCUCCUGCUCUGACAUGUCCGGCCACUGGAAGGUGACAUACCCUGGCCAGCCGCCCUGCAAUGUGCCUCCCCCGACGCCUACCCCAGUGGAGCCCAGGACCUCGCCCACCCCGUGCCCACCUUCACCAAUCUGCCAGCUCAUUCUGAGCAAGCCCUUCAAGCUGUGCCACACGCUAAUCCCGCCCUGGCCGUACUACCAAGGCUGCACCUUCGACCAGUGCCACAUGCCUGGCAGGGACGUGAUGUGCUCUGCCCUAGAGCUCUACGCUGCCCUCUGUGCCUCCCUUGGUGUCUGCGUCGACUGGCGGGGCCAGACCAACUACACGUGCCCCUUCACCUGCCUUGCUGGCAUGGAGUACCGGCCCUGCGGCCCGCCCACCCCCUCCUACUGUUGCAUGGACAGCAACACCAGCGCCCCGGCCCUCCUGGGAGCCAGUCCCAUCACGGAAGGCUGCUUCUGCCCACAGGGCAUGAUGUUCUACAGCUCGAGCAAGGAGGUCUGCGUGCCCGCUGACUGCAACACUUGCCUGGGGCCCAGUGGGGAGCCUGUGGAGCCCGGCCACACGGUCAUCGUGGACUGCCAGGAGUGCACCUGUGAGGGUAGCACGCGGACCAUGAGCUGCCAGCCCCAGGCCUGCCCCCCGGCCCCCACCUGCCCCGAGUCUGGCCACGUGCCUGUGCCCGAGGCCCUGCAGACCGGCCAGUGCUGUCCCCAGUACCAUUGCGCCUGUAACACCAGCCACUGCCCUGAGCCCGAGGCCUGCCCGAAAGGCUCACACGCCAUCCAGACCUACAGCGGGGCGGCCUGCUGCCCGACCUACAGCUGCAGUGACGUCUGCAGCAUCAACGGCACCCUGUACCAGCCCGGUGCCGUGGUCUCCUCGAGCCUGUGUGAAAAAUGUUGGUGUGAGCUGCCUGGGGGAGCCCCAUCAGACACCUUUUCGAUCAACUGUGAGACCCAGAUCUGCAGUACCUCCUGCCCCCUGGGCUUCAAGUACCAGGCUCAGGCCGGGCAGUGCUGUGGUGAGUGCGUGCAGGUGGCCUGCAUCAUGAACACCAGUGACAGCUCCGCCCACCUCUUCUACCCAGGCGAGUCUUGGUCAGACCCCGGAGACCACUGCGUGACGCACAAGUGUGAGAAGCACUGGGAUGGGCUCGAGGUGGUGACCACAAAGAAGGUGUGUCCCCUGCUCAACUGUCCUGCGGACAAGGCUCUGCCCAGCGAGGACGGCUGUUGCCUCUCCUGCCCCCCACCCUACGAGAACCAGUCGACCUGCGCGAUGCACUACCAGCUCCAGAUCCUCCGGCAGCAGGACUGCAGUUCCUCCGGGCCCGUGCGCCUCGCCUACUGCCAGGGCAACUGCGGGGACACCACCUCCGUGUUCUCCCCGGAGGCGAACGCGGUGGAGCACCGGUGCAGCUGCUGCCGGGAGCUGCGCGUCUCUCUGAGGAACGUGACCCUGCGCUGCGAGGACGGCUCGAGCCGCACCCUCGCCUACACGGAGGUGGAGGAGUGCGGCUGCAAGGACCUGCAGUGCGACUCCCCCGGGGGCCUUGCCCUCUCGGCGGUGGCGCUGGAGCCAAGCCCGGAGAGCGGGCUCAGGCGCCGCGGGAGAAGGGCCCCGCGGGCUCGGCCCCUGCAGUAG